GUGGUCUUCUGGUUUUUGUUCAUCUACUGAUCUACAUUCUAGAUAUACAUGUUGAACUGGGAGUAAAGAAUGUCAGAAUGUACAGAAGGCAGAGACACAGGUGGAACAGAGCUUCCUUCAGAGAUAGGGGAUCAUUGUCAAAAUUUGAAGACCAACCAGUUAAAAUCUCUAGAAUUUACAGGUCAUAAUAAAGAUGCAUUAUCUGGUCAAAUUGAAAAUCUGUCUCCAACAACAAGAGGAAAACUGCAGAUUAUCAUAGAGAGUCUUAGUAACCACUCAGCUGUGGUAGGUGAAGAUGAAAGGGGACGUCCAACUGUACAGUACAGCCAAAAACAGAAACUUUUCUGGGAUGGUUCAAAUGCAAACAAGAUUGCUGUUCCAAAAUCAGAACAAGACCUGAAAGCAAAAAUGGAUGUCUGUCUAGAAAUGUUAGAAUACCUUAAAUUAUCAAAAGCACCAUCAGGAAUUCUUCUUGACAAAACUAAGAUUCAGGCAGACAAAGGGCAGUACAGAGAAGGCAUAGAGUUUGAAAAGACAAAGGAAAUCCUAGGUAGAGGCAAUUCAGCAGGAGACAUUGUGGUUAUAAAAGACAAAGAGACAGAAAUAGAGCAUGCUCAAAAAACAAUUAUGAUCUCAGUUUUCCGUCCUGAAGAAAUCAAAGCAUGGGUGGAUCUAAGUGAGGAUGGAAUCAGCCCAGAACUUUACUUGUUCAGAUUGGAGGGCAACAGAAUAGUUGUUCACAUGGAAAAGUUAGAUAAUGCUGUUACAUUAAAUGAGGUGAUAAAUGUCCACAUGAACACCCUGAUGCAGACAAAUAGUUCACUGGUGAAGCCUUUCUCUCUGUUUGUUUUUAACAACAUCCUUACUGUGGUACAGUCUAUGCAUGAAAGAGGGUGGACUCACAGAGACCUACACUCUGGGAAUGUUAUGAUACAGAAAAAGUCUGACUGUGAAGUGAAAGUGAAAGUACUAGACUUUGGGAAUGCUGGGAGGAUAGAAGAUAAGGGUGGAUAUGCUGGAAUAAAGUCUGAUGUCCUCAAUGCUGUUAGGAACUUCAGUGCAUUGUAUCUUGGAGAAGAAUUUGAAAGUCAGACUGACCUUGAAAAAAACUGGAAACAGAAAAUAUUAGAAAGGAUGCAAGGAUUACCAAAUGAAGAGAAGGCUGAGAUGUUCUGUUUAUUUGAAAGUGCCCUGAAAGUUGUUACAACAGAGGACCUGGUUAAUUUGAAGCAAACUGUAGAUGAAUUGAUGCAAUUAAAUAUUGAGGGCAAAGUGAACGAGAUUAUGAGAGAAGUAGUGCCUCUGCUUUUUCCAGAUGUGUCUACUCAAAGUGAAGAAUCGGACACAGAAGAUGCUGUAGAUUUUGCUCCACCCACUCUGGACAGAUUCAUGAAGAAGCUAAGGAGAUCCAUUAUGAUUGGAUGCUGAAAGAAAAGUGUUCUCAAGCUGCCUUUAAUGCUUUUAACCUAUAAGCUCCCUUCUUGUUCAGAAACAAUUUGUUUAUGUUACAGUUGAACUUUGUUAUCUCAAUCAUCGAUAUUUCUAUUCAAAUGGAUAUAUUGAAUUCAUUUGGAAGUCCCAGUCACUUUUUCUCUAUGUAUUUUAUCCUCAAUGUCUCAAACCCUUGGAUAUCUUGAAGUUUUUCCAUGGUCCUAUAGAUUUGAGAUAACAAGGUGUGAUUGUAGUUGCAUUUUUGCUUCGGUCAAAUGAGUUGCAGCAAAAUAUCCCCCCCCCCCCAUUACCUAAAUCAAAAGUAUUCAGCUGAAGGCAUGUGAAUGUUUGGAAUCUUUUUCAGUAUUAUUUAUUAGUGGAAUAAUUCUUUUGCUUAUUUUUAUGGUUGUUUGCUGUUUGCAAAAUAUUUUUAUAGUAAUAUAAAUCUGCAAGUCACACAGUUCAAUGUCAAAUUUCUACUCUUUUUUAAGAUCUUCUUAGAUUGUAGAUAGUAACAUUUAGCUUAUUUCAAAUUUUAUGAAACCCUUUGUUAUGGUUGAUGUUAUAUUAACCUCCUUACUUAUGUGGACAUAUUUACUUUCAUUGGUUAGAUUGCUAGUCAUUUGAUCUUACUGUUGUAAUGUUGUUCAGUAUCUCUUUACAAGAUACAUGUUCUGAAUCAAAGUCUCCGUUUGAAGGUGCUCUCUUUGAUUGAGUCUCUGGUUAUACAUAUUUUCAUUCAUAUACUAGGCUAAAACAUAUUGAGUAGAGUACAUGAAUGUUAUCUGGUCAAAAUAUUUUUGAAUGCCUCCUUUUCAUGCUCAGAUACCUUAUAACUGUUACUUUCAAUCAGGUGUUCUUUAUAUAUACUAUUGUACUUCCUAAGUUCUGCACCAAAAAGUUGUGUAUAAAGUUACCUAAGCUCACACCAAAAGAAUAAUGUUGUUUGGGUCUACUGCAUAGGAAAUGAAUAAUGAAUAGCACCUUAAUUUCCACUCCUUGUCAUAAAUGAUACCCAAAAAUAUUGAUUUCAAAAAGUUAAUAAGUAAGUAAAUAUUCUUCCACUUAAAAUGCUUUAUUAUUUUGCUAAUUUUAUUUUUGUAAUGAAGAAUAAUUGGAAAAAUUAAAUGUUACUAGGAGAAAUUAAUUUACAUGUACAUGUAUCAAAUAAGAUAUUUCAGCGGUUCAAAGUGGUUGGACUUGAAAGUUGCAUUCAAAUUCUUAUAACACACAAGACCAAAUCACCAGUCUCCUUGAUGGUGAAUAGAUACAAGAACUUACUUUUUUUUUUCAAAAAAAAAAAUUGCUUAUGAGUCAUAUUGCAUCAAUUUGUAACCCAAGUAAAGUUAAUGUUAUCUGAUCAGAUGAACAAAAAAAUUAAAAAUUGGAGAUUUUAAAAAAUUGGAUGAUUAAAAUCUUUCAGCAUUGUGGACACUUUUCUUUUACAGAAGUAACUGUUUCAUUGUCUCUUCUGUAAAUUGUAAUUUAACUUACCCAAAGGAUAAUUAAGACAGGAGUUUUGAUAUGUAAAUCAAAAUUGCAUAUCGUACAAGGGAUUAAAAAUGUAUAUAUAAGCAUUAAAUUAUU